GGAGAAGGCGGUAGUCCGCCAUUUCGUGGACGCCGAGGAAGCGAUAUCGUCUGUUGGAGCCGAACCGGAGGAGAGCCAGAAGCCCCAUUGGAGCGUGUGAUUUGAGGCUUCUGCGUUUCUAACCCAAGAUUUCGAAAUGCAUCGUGAUUCCUGUCCACUGGACUGUAAGGUUUAUGUAGGUAAUCUUGGAAACAAUGGCAACAAGACCGAAUUGGAACGGGCUUUUGGAUAUUAUGGCCCACUCCGAAGUGUGUGGGUUGCUAGAAACCCUCCCGGCUUUGCUUUUGUUGAAUUUGAAGAUCCUCGGGAUGCAGCUGAUGCUGUUCGAGAGCUAGAUGGAAGAACACUGUGUGGCUGCCGUGUAAGAGUGGAACUGUCAAAUGGUGAAAAAAGGAGUCGGAACCGUGGUCCACCUCCCUCUUGGGGUCGUCGCCCUCGGGACGAUUAUCGUAGAAGAAGUCCUCCGCCUCGUCGCAGAUCUCCAAGAAGGAGAAGCUUCUCUCGCAGCCGGAGCAGGUCCCUAUCUAGAGACAGGAGAAGAGAGCGAUCUCUGUCUCGGGAGAGAAAUCACAAGCCGUCCCGAUCCUUCUCUAGGUCUCGUAGCCGAUCUAGGUCAAAUGAAAGGAAAUAGACCAGUUUGCAAGAGGAGUAGUGGUGUACAGGAAAUAACUUCAUUUGACAGGAGUAUGUACAGAAAAUUCAAGUUUUGUUUGAGACUUCAUAAGCUGGGUGCAUUUUUAAGAUGUUAGCUGUUCGAAUUUGUUUAUUGUCUCGUAACAGUGGCACACAUGAAGAUGUAAUUCUCUAUGGUUUGAAGUGGAUCAUAUGAGGCACGUGAUACCAAGAAUUUAUUACCUUACAGUGUCCCCUUAAGCAAAAUUGAACGUUUUGAACUGUAGUCUUGGGUAGACCAAUAAUAAACCUCUAAAUCUUGCCCAGCUAAAGUGUGAUGUUUUAAUAUUAUGGUGACAAAACUGGCAAAAAUUGAACUAGGAACUCUGUCUAUAGCUGGGAUAUAGGAUGCAGCUGUAGUUGACUAAGCAGUCUUUAAAAGCUGCACCAUGUAACUAGAUUAGAGGUUUUUAAGGAAAAAAAAAAAAAUUCAACGAAGUCUUCACAAUGUGCGGAGGUUGCCCAGUUGAUGUAGAAUCUGAUAGGUUUCAAGAGUUUUUUAUUUUUUGCUUUAGGUAAUAAAUUCCUUAUGUGAUUGCUGUAUAUGAGUAGAUAACCAUUUGUAACAUCAUUUCUUUGGAAAUUUGAGACUAUUCAAGAUACCAAUGUCCUGCCGGUUUAAGGGUACAUUGUAGAGAUGAACUUUGAGUUACUGUGCAAGGUUUUUUUUUUUUUUUUCAUGCUGUCAUUUUGUAAUGUUUUUUGUGAGAUUCCUUGGGAUUAAAGUUUUGGUUAUAAAUUGUUGUUUAACUUGAAAGCCUGUUUUUCUUUGCAAAACUGAAUCUGAGCUUGGUACCAAGUCCAGGUAUAACAUUCCUAUUGGAAGCCAUACUUAUAUUUUCUUGUAAAGUGCUUUUGAAGUAAUAAAAUAUUAGCAUAAUUGUGUCAUAUA